GACAUUAGUGGCUCGAUAUCAAGCUCGAAUUUGCUCACUGUGAAAAUACGCAAAUUAAAUUAUAAAUUGAACAUAAGAAAACGAAAAUAGGAGUAAUAAAAGAAUAUUAGCAGCAGCUAAAAUGCAAAAACAAAUUAAUCAAUUUUGGUGAAAAAUAGUUACCGUAUUUUUUUUUCUAUUAAAAGAAAAAGAAAAGGAAAUGCGCACCACAAUAAAACAUCGCACUGCUCAGAUAUUACGCUAGCACACGACUCAUCGUUCGUUUGGAGAGAUCUCUAAACCCCGGCACGGUCCAUCCUCGCUGCUCCUCUUCCAUUUAAAAGAUGGGGCUGUCUUUCACGAAGCUUUUCAGUCGGCUGUUUGCCAAGAAAGAGAUGCGUAUACUCAUGGUAGGUCUCGAUGCCGCUGGUAAAACAACCAUUCUCUACAAGCUCAAACUUGGAGAAAUUGUCACCACAAUUCCUACCAUCGGGUUCAAUGUGGAGACUGUGGAAUAUAAGAACAUUAGCUUCACUGUUUGGGAUGUCGGUGGCCAGGACAAGAUCCGUCCAUUAUGGAGGCAUUAUUUCCAGAACACCCAAGGCCUUAUCUUUGUCGUUGACAGCAACGAUCGUGAUCGUGUUGUUGAAGCAAGGGAUGAAUUGCACAGGAUGCUGAAUGAGGACGAGUUGAGGGAUGCUGUUCUGCUUGUUUUCGCCAACAAGCAGGAUCUUCCAAAUGCAAUGAAUGCUGCAGAGAUAACUGACAAGCUGGGCCUUCAUUCCCUCCGCCAACGCCAUUGGUACAUCCAGAGCACAUGUGCAACUUCCGGUGAAGGACUCUACGAGGGAUUGGACUGGCUGUCAAACAACAUUGCGAACAAGAGUUAAGCUCUUCAGCUCCAGAUGACCUUUCACUACGGCCUGUGCCCUGUGGGGGCUUUCAUUCUUUAUAACUCGGAUCGUCCAGUAUGCCGACAGCCUUGGAUCCAGUCGAGAACGUUGCCAUCUUUCCUCUUUCGUGUGUAGUUAAUAAUAAUUUGUAGAUUUUCUUGUCAACCGUGUGGUUCUUUCGUCCUACUACUGUUUUAUGGUAUAGGAUCGACUUCUGUUAUAGAAACUACCUACCAAUAUCGAUUUUCACUUUUGAUUAGACGGUUAUGUUAAUAAAUUACAUUCUCA